ACAACUGGAGGGACAUGUUAGAAUGCAGUUGGGAGCUACCAGCCUACAAUCUGAGAGACAUUGAAGUGAAAUUGAUGUGGUACAAUGGCGCGUUUGGUCAGUGCCCUGACAUCAGCCCCAACAUGACGAAGUGCACCCUCCGACCCUCAUACGCCGCCCUGGAUGUGUAUACAUGGCAUUUUCGAGUCAUAGUGACCAACACCAGGCGGAAUGUUUCCGCAGUCGGUCCAUUCAUUGCCAAGAACCAACUAGAAAAUGUGAAGCCGGACAAAGUGGACAGGUUAAACUACGAGUAUACUGACAACAGUGGCUGUAUACGACUGACCUGGACUUGUGAGGCCGUUACAUGUGUGAGUCCUUCGAGAAAGAAACAGAUCCGGGUACGAUACGUCACCUUACCUGGCGAACCUAAGGAGGUCCAUGAAUACCCUGAUGGAUACCCUGAUAGGAGUGUGUUGGUGUGUGACCUCGAUCCCGACACUCUCUAUACAUUUACUAUAGAUGUGAGGGCGACUAGUUCAUCCUUCUAUAGCGACCCUGUGACUAUAGCGGUCAGAACUGACGAGGACGUACCACUAGUGGCUCCGGAAGUCCACCAGGGGGCGUAUCAUCGGCAGAGCUUCAGCUGUCUGUCUGAUCCCGAUGGUUACCAUGACGUCACCGUCUACUGGAAGAAAAUGCCAAAGGAGGAAGCCCGCGGAAACAUCGUUAACUACGUGGUGGAGACGUGGGAGGCUAAUGACGAGAUGGACAAGAGGAUCAACAUCACCGGUAAUUUUACCUACUCCAUGGGUACCUCGUUGUCGGGUACAGUGAGACUAAGGUGUGGCUCUGCCUAUGAUAUAAGAAUCAGAGCGUCAACAAAGAAAGGAUUCUCAAAGUCUUGGUCCCAUCUGCGGAUCCCAACGUUUUCCAGACAAGGUCCUCGUCCUCCUUCCGUUCGUGUAGAGGAAGGAGGUGGAAAGUACGAGUUGACUUGGACCGACUCCCCACGAACCGGACAGACAGGCUACACGGUGUUCUACUGUCAACGUAAAAACGACACCCACUGCAAGGGAUCCGUCAUGUCAGUUGAUGUGGACAGUCCAGACAGAUACACUACACUAGAUGUCCCGGAUACAGAGGUGGAAUACCUGUUCGGCGUGUCCGGUAACUUCGGCUCCUUCGGAAGUGGCUUUGAUCUAGUCAGCUGUGUUUAUCAUAAAAACGCAGUACCACCUCCCCCCUCCAAUAUCGCGAUCACCUCCAAGGAUCACGCUGGUGUGAUAGUGACAUGGAAUCACGUGACCUGUUUGGACAAUGCCCCUGUUAUUGUCACUUACACAAUACGAUGGUGUAAAGUAAAUAAGGAAUUGACUACAGAAGAUGAAACCUGUAACGGAAAAAACGUAUCCAUACUGGCACAUUGCCCUGCACUCUUUGUAUUGGAAGAUGUAAAUGAAGAGGAAACGUACGGGGUACAGAUCCGCAGUUCAUCGUCUGUUCAGACUGGAGCCUUUUCCUAUCCGGUAUACAUCACACUGCCCAAGAAAGAUACAGACAGUGAGGAUAACCGUACUGGGGACAUAUUACAACUGUGUCUCAUCGUCGUCAUCGUCCUCCUCUUUGUUAUAUGUGUGACCUGGCUCACAUGCUACCUCAGAAAUCGGAUACGUUGCCAAAACGAUGUAAAAUUGAGGUCCUAGCACCAUAGAAGUAAAAG